UCUGUUAGUUCUGUCUGAACAGCAAGCGUUCAUCUGAGAUACUUUUGCAAUUUUUAUGCUUUCCAGUUUAUUGUAAAAUGUUAUCUUCUGUGUGGAGUUUUAUUAAACGCCAUAAGAGGAAAUUUAUUUUCGCCGGCGCCUUCGUUGGAGGUGUGUACCUGCUCGGUAAAUACGCCCAGGCAAAAAUCCAGGAGCUGCAGGAGCGCGAGGCGGUGGAGUACAUCUCCCAGGCUCGCCGCCAGCUUCACUUCGAAAGUAACCAGAGGACGUGUAACAUGACAGUGCUGUCGAUGCUGCCUACCCUCAGAGAGGCGAUCAUGCACCACCUGCACUCGGAGAGCCUCACAGCUCUGCUGAAAUCCAAGCCAGCAAACAAAGUUGAGAUUUGGGAGGAUCUGAAGAUAAUCAGUUUUACUCGUAGCAUUGUGGCUGUUUACAGUGCUUGCAUGCUGGUGGUAUUGCUGCGCGUACAACUCAACAUCAUUGGUGGCUACCUGUACCUGGACAACUCUGUGACUAAAAAUGGAACAACUCCCUUGGCGCCCCCAGAGGUACAGCAGCAGUAUCUGUCUAGUAUCCAGCACCUCCUGGGAGAUGGACUUAUCUCGCUGAUAACUGUGGUAAAGAAAGCUGUACAGGAAGUCGUAGGACCGGUCUCUUUGAAACAGGGUCUAUCUCUGCAGGAGCUUGAACAGCACGUAGUGCGGGUCCGACAGCUCGUGGAGGACCGCUGUGUCUCGUACAAUCGCAGACCACUCUCCUGGUAUAUGAUGCCUGAUGAGGAGAAUACACUGGCUGCUCAGGCCAGUGGUCUCACAGGAAAUGAUAUCACAACAAUAAAGCUCCUAAAUGAAACCAGGGACAUGCUUGAUAGCCCAGAUUUCAAUACUGUACUCAACACUUGCCUGAGCCGAGGUUUCAGCCGUUUCCUUGACAACAUAGCAGAAUUCUUCCAACCCUCCCAGGGAGACUCCACCCAUUGCAGCUCACCUGAUGGUCUCUCACAUGUAAGUCUACCACUUGCCAAAAUAAUUCCUAUCGCCAACGGACAGAUUCACUCAAUAUGCAGUGAAAUACCAAGUCACUUUGUUCAGGAUCUUCUGAUGAUAGACCAAGUGAAGGAGUUUGCCGCCAACGUUUAUGAGACAUUUAGCAGCCAUUGCGAUCUGCACAAGUAAACCUACUACUGAGUUUACUGUGGACUCCCAAGGAAUCGUAAAAAGAGCGACACAGCACAACAUUCCCUUCUUCACAUAUCAUAAACCGGGGACAUCUGCGUGGUAGAAUGCUGGCUCAUGACCGACUCCGAGCUGUUUGAAGUGAAAGUGCGCAGCUGCAUGGUUUGGGGUUUACUCAACUGCAGCUGACAAUGUAGACUUGUACCAGUUCUUGUCAUUUUAAUGCCAGAUGUCUUUAUAGUUAUAUCAGAGAAUGACCUUCUGAGAUGUGUUCUUGAGGACUUUAAGUAUACGACACUUGUUCUCUUCCAUACUCCAGCUAUCCCACAUGAUGAGUAUUCCUUGCCCUUAACUCAUCUGUCUGAAUCAGUGGACUGGAUUAAAUUAGGAUUAGUACUCAGUUUAAUUAUUCUGGUGAUGUUCUGUCAUAGAUGCUAUACUAGCGUCUUUUUUCUUAGAUGGCAGAUGCAAUGUACAUAGUAGUACACAUGUAAAACUUAAUUUAGCAUGUAAAAUGUUUUUUAAACUAAACCUGACCUGAUCAAAUAAAAUAAUAUAAAUUUGUUAAUAUAUCAUUUAAUUUGUUUUUGAACAAAUAAAAGAAAAUGAACCAAAGUCUCAGAGCCUCCUUAAGGGAAACAGAAUUGAAUUUGAAGGAUCCCGUGUGAUAUUAGAGAUUUAUUGGUGAAAUGCACCCCUAUCAGAGCCAAGUCCAUUAGCCACCUAUGAAGGUCAUGUAUCAUGCCUUCAUAGAAAAAUAAAAUUAACAAAAUAUGUAUUGUAGAUCGUAUAAAUCACUAUGUUUGGAUACAUGGAAAAGAGAUGGUUUGUGUGUCUAAUAAAAGUUGUCCUGGUAGAUUCUG